UUCUCGUGAUCCAUCUCUUUUGCGGGAAGUGUUGUUCCUUCCGGUAGCAAGUUACACUUCACGCAUUUUCCGCAUAUAUGUGACGUGACCUUUAAGGUCUCUGAUAUCCUUCGCACGGGUUAGCAUGACUAGAUAUCUGCUCAUUGUCUCUCAGCUGUGGAAGAGUCCCACUUGGAAUGAUAGCAGCGCUCAAAUGAGUUAUAGUAUUCGUCCUCCCUGCGCCUCUUCACCACUGGAAUACCCUUUCGAUUCACCCUUGGCAACACUUUCAUGCUUGAAAAUUCUGUACAGACCCUCAUCAGUCUCAAGCCCUACAUGCAGGCUUCCCGCAAGUUUCUCGAGCUUCCUGCUCGUCUACGCAUCUCCACGUAGAUUUCAUGUCCCUCCCAGCCCCUCAGAGGAUAUAACAUCAAAGCGGGGAGAGAAUCCUUCAGCAACGGCGUCUACCUAAUCCAAGAUGACAGUCGUGAGGAACAGGCCCAGUCCCGGCGCCACUACUGCCACGGAAACGGCGAAGCACGCCCGUCGCUUUCCGGUUGUCCCCGGGUUCGCUGCUACGUCCUUGAUCCGUGAGGACCGAAUCCCCGUUCCUGGUGAGAUUGGCGAUGCCAGGCCGAUACAGGAGGGACUGCAUCUGCAUCGGUCAAUUCGCUGUCGCUUCAUUGGUGACUCGGUUUCCCGAGCGUUCUCCGUAGUCAGUCUUAACGACAUACUACAGAAAGCUGGGCUAACCGGUCGUCACUGUCCUCGUGAAUCUAUAUUUGUCUCC